AUGGCGGAUGUGGUCAGCCAUGCACAAAAGCCGAAGAAUGGACUUGAGAAAAUAAGAGAUCAAAUCAGAGAAGUGCUGAAAACCGAUGAGAGAGUCAAGGUGCUUGCCGAAGAACUCUACGAUAAGAAAUCUCUCCUCAUCAUGGGUCGAGGCUUCAACUUCGCUACCUGCCUAGAGGGGGCACUCAAAAUCAAGGAGUUGACGUAUAUGCACUCGGAGGGAAUCUUGGCAGGAGAGCUGAAACAUGGACCCCUUGCACUCGUCGAUUCCAAUAUGCCUUUGAUGAUGGUGAUAACGCGCGACCAAGUGUACUCGAAAUGCAUGAACGCACUGCUGCAAGUGACGGCGCGCGGCGGCCGCCCGAUCAUCAUCCUGGAGAAGGACGACGACGAGACGAAGAAGCACGUGGAGAAGAUGCGAUACAUCGAGGUGCCGCACACCGUUGACUGCCUUAGCAGCAUCCUCACCACCAUCCCGCUACAGCUGCUCUCGUACCACAUCGCCGUUCUGAAGAAGUGCGACGCGCAAAAGCCAAAGAGUGGGCUUGAGAAGCUAACAGAUCUCUCUCAUCACGAAGAGUUACAGAUUCCUACAGCAGAGGUUACUGCAUAUGACAUUUUCGUCGAUUCACACUCUUGGUAUUCGAUGCACGUGGCGCCACCAGUGGACGCGUCAAGAACACACGACAGCUGCAGACAAGAGCUACAGCUGGCAACAGUGAAUACAGCAGGCAACAGUGUGUAG